CCAUCAUCACUCUCUGACUCCCUCCUACCAAAUUCUCAUGUGUGAGCUGCUGAGCUAACAACAGCACACAGUCACUGAUCACCAUCCCUUCAAAGGUCAAUUCCGCCAAUUCAUUGUCCCCACUUUCCGUGCCCCUUCACACGCAUUUCUACGCAGCCCUCCACAUUCUCUUACCCCUUCUGCCCACCUUUCUCUGAUUGGCCAAUAAUCGAUAAAUUGAUAACAAUAGUGAUGGAGAUUUGCUCCAGCAGCGUUUAUUAAUACAUACUUUUGUCGCGCUAUCCUUCUCGUCACUCUCUUUCUCUCAUUUCCAAUUUUCUCUGAUUCUCUCUCACUUAUCUGUUCGUACUUAAUUUUUGCUCGAUUUAUUUGCUCGCCGGCGGAUCGUGAUUCUGACUGAUCGGAGUAAAAGAUAUUGAGCUAAGAUGUCUACGUUCACGCCCAAGAACAUCCUCAUUACCGGUGCAGCUGGAUUCAUAGCUUCCCAUGUUGCAAACAGGCUUAUUAGAAACUACCCUGAGUACAAGAUUGUCGUGCUAGACAAACUUGAUUACUGUUCCAACCUCAAAAACCUCCUUCCUUCAAAAUCAUCUCCCAACUUCAAGUUCGUCAAGGGAGACAUAGACAGCGCUGACCUCGUCAACUACCUUCUAAUCACUGAGAACAUUGAUACUAUCAUGCACUUUGCAGCCCAGACCCAUGUCGACAACUCAUUUGGAAACAGUUUUGAAUUCACCAAGAACAACAUUUAUGGCACCCAUGUUCUCUUGGAGGCCUGCAAAGUUACCGGCCAGAUUAGAAGGUUCAUACACGUCAGCACUGACGAGGUUUAUGGAGAAACUGACGAGGAUGCUGUUGUGGGGAAUCACGAGGCCUCUCAGUUACUGCCCACAAACCCUUACUCUGCCACGAAAGCAGGGGCCGAAAUGCUUGUCAUGGCUUAUGGUAGAUCAUAUGGGUUGCCUGUGAUUACCACCAGAGGGAACAAUGUUUAUGGCCCUAAUCAAUUUCCGGAGAAGUUAAUUCCGAAAUUCAUUCUUUUGGCAAUGAGGGGAAAAACUCUUCCAAUUCAUGGAGACGGCUCGAAUGUGAGGAGUUACCUCUACUGUGAGGAUGUUGCCGAGGCUUUCGAAGUCAUCCUUCACAAGGGAGAAGUUGGUCAUGUUUACAACAUUGGGACUAAAAAGGAAAGGAGAGUCAUCGAUGUAGCCAAAGACAUAUGCAAGCUGUUUAACAUGGACCCCGACAAGAGCAUCCAGUUUGUGGAGAACAGGCCGUUUAACGAUCAGAGGUACUUCCUUGACGACCAAAAGCUCCAUAAUUUGGGCUGGUCUGAGAGGACUGUAUGGGAAGAAGGUUUAAAAAAGACCAUCGAGUGGUACACGAGCAAUCCUGAUUGGUGGGGAGAUGUCUCUGGUGCAUUGCUCCCUCAUCCUAGGAUGCUCAUGAUGCCUGGUGGACUUGAGAGAAAUUUUGACGGGGCCGAAAAGUAUGAAUCUGGUAAAUCCGAGUUUGAUGGGAAAUCAAACCAGCCCGCCAAAAACACUCCAUCACAAGAAAAACCAGGCUUGAAGUUUUUGAUCUAUGGUAAGACUGGGUGGAUUGGUGGUUUGCUUGGAAAGUUGUGUGAGAAACAGGGGAUUGCUUACGAAUACGGAAAGGGGCGUCUCGAGAAUCGCUCUCAGCUCGUGGCCGAUAUUCUUUCUGUUAAGCCGACGCAUGUGUUUAAUGCGGCUGGUGUAACUGGUAGACCCAAUGUCGACUGGUGCGAAUCUCACAAGACUGAAACAAUUCGUGCGAAUGUGGCGGGUACACUGACCUUGGCUGACGUGUGCCGGGAAAAUGGUCUCCUCGUGAUGAAUUUUGCCACCGGUUGCAUAUUUGAGUAUGAUGCAGCACAUCCUGAAGGUUCUGGCAUUGGAUUUAAGGAGGAGGACAAACCCAAUUUUACUGGCUCUUUCUAUUCCAAGACCAAGGCCAUGGUUGAGGAGCUAUUGAGAGAAUAUGACAACGUUUGCACUCUCAGAGUUCGUAUGCCGAUAUCCUCAGACCUGAAUAACCCACGCAAUUUCAUUACCAAAAUUUCAAGGUACAGCAAGGUGGUCAAUAUCCCCAACAGCAUGACAAUCUUGGACGAGCUCCUUCCAAUUUCGAUUGAGAUGGCCAAACGCAACCUUAGUGGCAUAUGGAACUUCACGAACCCUGGUGUUGUCAGCCACAAUGAGAUUCUUGAGAUGUACAAGAAAUAUAUCGAGCCAGAUUUCAAAUGGACCAAUUUCACUCUUGAAGAGCAGGCCAAGGUCAUAGUUGCCCCGAGGAGCAAUAACGAGAUGGAUGCCUCUAAGUUGAAGAAAGAGUUUCCCGAGUUACUACCGAUCAAGGAAUCUUUGAUCAAGUAUGUUAGCUUUUACUGCACUCAGCUUCAGCUUGCACUUUCAUUUCUUUCUCUGUUUUCUUCACUCUCUGCUUUAGGAAUUGCUACAUUGGGCGCAGACAUGUCCAUGUACUAUCGAAUGAAAUUACGUGUUAGUUUUUCAGGAUCUUGUCCUGUAAAAGAACCUCUGUUAGUUAUUUUCAGUAUUGUGUCCUGUAAUAGGAAAUGGUACCAUAUGGAUGAUUUGGUUGUGAUACUUCGAGUGCAUACGCAUUCUCAAUGUGCUGAAAAGUCCACCCCUCAAAAAAUGAUGUCAAAUAAGAGAUGGAAAUGGGUUUGGAGAAGGAAGUUAGGCAGAAACAAGAACAAGAAUGACUUCUGCCAGAAACCAUCAGUCUUUAAUGGAUUGUCCCAUAAUGUCACUGGGCACUAA